AUGGCUCCACAACGUUCCAUGUAUGACCUUCAAGGUCCUCCAAUUAAUAAUCCAUAUAUUAAACAGGGAGUUAGUAGUACUACAAUUGAUAAUAUUUCAUCAUCGGGAAGUGGUGGCGGAAUUAAAUCAAUUUUUCAAACGCUAACACAAUUAUCAUCAAAUCCCGAUAAGGCUAUUAAAGUUAUUUCAGCUGUGUUAUUAGUAAUUGGAGGUGGUUCAUUAAUUAAAAUACUUUUCGGAGGGUCAAAGCCUGUCAAAGUUGUAGAAAAGGAAGUAAAUGGAUUUUCAAAGAAGAGUACAGGAAAGAUUGUUCCUCAACGAUAUGCAGGACUAAGAAAUGAAGGAGCAACUUGUUAG